AUGACGACUGUUUUCAAACUCACUACCACCAACCUCUCACAAGCGCCGGCACCUUCGCAGCACUCUGCCACGACUCCCCUUACAACACCAACGGAACUCGCACUCUCUGCCCACCAACUAUUCACCGAGAUUGAAUCCAUAUACAACGAAUUGCGUACCAUAGCGUCUCUUGCACCACGCGAUCGAGUCAAUAACCUCCUCACUCGUCUAGUCAGCCUAUGCAUCUCGCCGCAUAGUACAACCUUCAUGUCUCAUUUCUCGAGUAUUCUCGGCGUAAAAGAGUUGUGCGCGGACUUGAGACCGCUCUGCGCCGCAGCAGAAGGUGAGCUAGAACGACAUUGGGCGAGGAGGAUAAUCGAUAGUACUGCUAAUAUACAGGGAGAAGGACCGAAUCAAGACACCAAAAGUCUGCUCCACACCUUCCCAUACUAUCAGAACUACAUCGACCUCUCCCGUCUCGAAUGUUCGAUCCUCGAGGCUUCUCUAGCUUGCUCAUCAACGCCACCUGCUAAGAUUGCUUUUAUCGGUUCUGGACCUCUGCCACUCACUUCGCUCUGCGUUUCGGACCGUUAUCCCAAUGCGACGGUGCACAAUAUUGACCGCGACGCUUCAGCACUAGAGGUGAGUCAGGAGCUAUGCAACCAGCUGGGGUACGGUCCGAGGAUGACCUUUGCGGACGAGGACGUGAGCCAGGUCGAUAGCAAAGAGAAGAAAGAUUGGAAGACUUUCGAGGUCGUGUUUCUCGCUGCUCUGGUGGGUAUGGAUACACACUCGAAACUUAGUAUCCUCUCAUCAUUGGCCCUCAAACUUCAGCCGGGGACGUUGGUCGUUAUUCGAAGCGCGCAGGGCUUGAGAAGCGUACUGUAUCCGGUCUUCGAGCUCACAGACGACAUUGAAAAGAUUGGAUAUGAAGUGUUGGUGGAAUCGCAUCCGUGGACUAAAGUCGUCAAUUCGAUAAUCGUGUUGCGGGUCAAAGAAGAAUGA